AUGGAUAAAUGGAUGACAAAUCUGCCUGAAGAUGUAACUUAUGUUCCUCUAUUCAAACUUAAUAUCCCCGGUUCUCAUGAUUCCUGUUCCUACUGUAUCGAUGCCAAAUGUGAUUUAUCUGAAGACAACGAAGCAUUUCCCAUUUUGAGGCUAUUGGGCAAUUUCGGUAAAGCCAUAUCUUCACAAUGGGGUCGAACCCAGGACGCCAAUUUGUCUGAACAGCUUUCAGCAGGUAUCCGAUAUUUUGAUCUACGUGUAAUGCGUCGUCGAUCCGAUGGUCUCUUCUACUUUGUACACGGACAAUUUGCCAAAACGCUCUCCACAGAAUUACUCACCAUUCAUUCAUUUCUUCAAGACCACCCCAAAGAGGUAGUUAUUUUGGAUUUCAACCAUCUCUAUUGUUUCUUUCAUCCAGACGAUCUUUCGGAGUUCAUCGCCGUCAUUAUCUCGGUUUUUGGAUCAAUGUUGGCCCCAAAAAGCGAUCGAAUUCCAUGCUUAAAAGACCUCUGGGAGAAAGGACACCAAGUGAUUUGUCUACUUCAUGAGAUUUCGGAAUAUGUGGAGAUGUGGACCCCAGAUAAAAUAUCCUCUCCCUGGCCUAAUACAGUUGACUUACAGAAGCUCAUGUGCUUCAUUAACUCACAUCCCCCAGUGGGAGAUAAUCAAUUCCACGUAACUCAAGGAGUUCUUACACCGGAUAAGGACUAUGUGGUGGCCAAUAUGAAUUCCAACUUGUCGGUUUUGGCAGCUCCCGCAAGUGAGCAAGUUAUUAAAUGGAUUGAAGAGAAGGUUACGAGGAAUCAAAGGAAUAUAAUCAUUAUUGAUUUUGCUGUGAAAACGUAUCCCAAGUUUGCUGAAGUUGUGAUCAAGUUGAACCUAACAUGA